CUGAAAGAUUAUUCAGUGGUGUGCUCAGUGAAAUGUGUGGGUGAGACAGAACGAGAGGGGUAGAGACUCUGGGGACUGACAUGAAAGCAGCAGAAUAAGAAAAAUAACAAAGACAGAGAGAGGACGAGCGAGAGAAAGAGUGAGAUCGUGUGUGUGUGAGAGAGAGAGACUGCUCAGUGCUAGAGACACAGGUGAAGAUGGUGGAGGAGUGUGUGGUACCAAGACCACGGGGCUGUGUGCCAGCGAUGUGUGAGGUGGUGUUGAGCAGUCUGGCAUUGGUGAUGAUUUGGUUGUUGGACUCCGAGCUCAUGAGAGAGAUGUCAGGACUUUUGAUAUUCGCUCUGAGCCUGGGGGCAACACUUCACAGCCUCUGCCUGCUUAGUGAAGAAUGGCUGUUUCAUUCACAACAGAGGUACGGUGGCAGCAUCCAGCAGAUUUUCUGGGCCUGUUUCAGCAGUACUACUGUAGCAGGAAUGUGUGUGGUCAUUUUGCUGCUGGGGGUGGAUCGUUUUGAAUGGACACGUGAGAAGUGUGUCUUAUGUGUCUUAACCAGCGCUUUCUACCUGCUGCUGAAGACUCUUGGAGUUCUGGGCCCUGCACCAGUGGAGAUCUCCGAGGUGUGCGAGAGCAAGAAGCUGAAUGUAGCUCAUGGCUUAGCCUGGUCCUUUUACAUAGGUUAUCUGAAACUUGUGAUACCAGAGCUGGAGGAACAGGUGAGGAAAUACUACAACCAGACCGGAGAGAUUCUCUAUUCCUCCCAUCUGUACAUCCUCCUGCCUCUGAGCGCAGUGGCCCCAGCCAAGAUAGAGGAAGAGGACCAUAACAUACGUUUCCACCAGAACCUUCCGGAGAUCCAGCUCGACCGGGCCGGUGUCAGGAGAAGAGUCUACAAACACAGCAUCUACAAAAUCACCAACCACAAACAAGAGCCGUAUUACUGUGUGGUGGAGUACGCCACUCCUCUGCUCACCCUCUAUCAGAUGUCUCAGGACAGCACUGCAGGGCUCAGCGAGCAGGACAGGAGACAGCAGGUCCUGCUCUUCUACAAGACUCUCAGGCACAUCCUGGAAUGUUCUCUAGAGUGUCGCAACCGCUACCGCCUUAUCCUGCUCGAUGACCAACGAGCUGACGGUGACCCUCACUACCUGUCCACGGAGAUCAUCAAGCACUUGCAGCAGCAGGAGCACGAGAUCCCAAUGGACCUGCCAGAGGAACUGCCCCAACCCGUGCCAGAACAGACUGUUUUUACAACUCCGCUUCAUCCCCACCAGCAGGAGGCGCCACUCACCUCCCUGCCCAGUCUGAUGAUUAGCGCACCAUGUUCACUGAGGUCAGAACCUGUGGAGAAUACAGACUACACUCAAAACCAUCACCACAACAGACGUCGAUAAAGUGAUGAUCCGUAUUCGACUUUCUGUACAUAACAUGUUCAUGGUGUGUUUAAAGAUGUAAACUAGUGGUAGGAAACUGCCAUUAAGGUUAUCAGAACCACCUUAUUUCAUUGUUAAUGCAGUAUGAAUUAUUAUUAUUAUUAUUAUUAUUAUUAUUAUUGUAACUCCUAAAGUUUGUGGCUAAAUUUACAUAAUUAAUGGCCCAUUUUUUUCCACAUAUUUCUUUAUAU